CUACUCCGCCGCGGGCCCCUCUCCAGGCCUGCAGAGGGCGCUGCGCCUCGGAGAGCCGGGGCGUGGCGCCGCUCUAGCCAGCGCCCGGGCUCGGUGGCGGGCGCCGCAGCUCCGCGUGCCCCACGCCUCCUCCUAGCGCAGGUUUCACGGGCUACCACUGGACCCCUUCCCUGUCCUGAACCCUGAGCCGGCACCAUGCACGGGCGCCUGAAGGUGAAGACAUCGGAAGAGCAGGCGGAGGCAAAAAGGCUAGAGCGGGAGCAGAAGCUGAAGCUAUACCAGUCAGCCACCCAGACUGUCUUCCAGAAGCGCCAGGCUGGUGAGCUGGAUGAGUCAGUGCUGGAACUAACAAGCCAGAUUCUGGGAGCCAACCCUGACUUUGCUACCCUCUGGAAUUGUCGACGAGAGGUGCUCCAGCAGCUGGAGGCCCAGAAGUCCCCAGAGGAGUUGGCUGCCCUGGUGAAGGCAGAACUGGGCUUCCUGGAGAGCUGCCUGAGGGUGAACCCCAAGUCCUAUGGUACCUGGCACCACCGCUGCUGGCUGCUGGGCCGCCUGCCAGAGCCCAACUGGGCCCGGGAGCUGGAGUUGUGUGCCCGCUUCCUCGAGGUUGAUGAGCGGAACUUUCACUGCUGGGACUACCGGCGUUUUGUGGCUGCACAGGCAGCUGUGCCCCCUGCUGAGGAGCUAGCCUUCACCGACAGCCUCAUCACCCGAAACUUCUCUAACUACUCCUCCUGGCAUUACCGCUCCUGCCUCUUGCCUCAGCUGCACCCCCAGCCAGACUUUGGGCCACAGGGUCGCCUCCCUGAGGAUGUGCUGCUCAAAGAACUGGAGCUGGUGCAGAACGCCUUCUUCACUGACCCCAAUGAUCAGAGUGCCUGGUUCUACCACCGCUGGCUCCUGGGACGAGCUGACCCCCAGGAUGCCCUGCGCUGCCUGCACGUGAGCCGGGACGAGGCUUGUCUGACUGUCUCCUUCUCUCGGCCCCUCCUAGUGGGCUCCGGGACCUUGCUGCUCAUGGUUGAUGAGUCACCCCUGGCUGUGGAGUGGAGGACCCCAGAUGGCAGGAACCGGCCCAGCCAUGUCUGGCUCUGUGACCUGCCCGCUGCCUCCCUCAACGACCAGCUACCCCAGCAUACAUUUCGUGUCAUUUGGACAGCAGGCGAUGCUCAGAAGGAGUGUGUGCUUUUAAAAGGCCGCCAGGAGACCUGGUGCCGGGACUCAGCCACAGAUCAGCAGCUCUUCAGGUGUGAGCUGUCGGUGGAGAAGUCCACGGUGCUACAGUCCGAGCUUGAAUCCUGUAAGGAGCUGCAGGAACUGGAACCUGAGAAUAAAUGGUGCCUGCUCACUAUCAUCCUGCUGAUGCGGGCGCUGGACCCCCUACUCUAUGAAAAGGAGACGCUGCAGUACUUCCAGACCCUCAAGGCCGUGGACCCGAUGCGGGCGGCAUACCUGGACGACCUGCGCAGCAAGUUCCUGCUGGAGAACAGCGUGCUCAAGAUGGAGUACGCCGAGGUGCGCGUGCUACACCUGGGGCACAAGGAUCUGACAGUGCUCUGCCAUCUGGAACAGCUGCUCUUGGUCACUCACCUUGACCUGUCGCACAAUCGUCUCCGAGCCCUGCCCCCAGCCCUCGCCGCACUGCGCUGCCUUGAGGUGCUUCAGGCCAACGAUAACGCCAUAGAGUCCCUGGACGGUGUCACUAACCUGCCCCGGCUGCAGGAGCUCUCACUGUGCAACAACCGCCUCCAGCAGCCUCCAGCGCUCCAGCCUCUUGCCUCCUGCCCCAGGCUGGUCCUCCUCAAUCUGCAGGGCAAUCCCCUGGGCCAAGCAGUGGGCAUCUCAGAGCACCUGGCCCAGCUGCUGCCUUCGGUUAGCAGCAUCCUCACCUAAGAGACCCAACCCCACCCUUGCCCUUUAACUUAUUGGGAUGGAAUAAAGGAUGGGGAAGCCCCCUCAGGCUGCUGCUGCGGCUUCCACCACCACUGUUACUCCUGCCACCUAUUUUGGAAAAGAACGGGAGAGGGUUAGGGUGGGUCGGCUCACCUCUCCACUUCCAUUUUAUGCUGAAUCCUGCUGUUCCCUGUCAUGGAGAACCAAAGCCUCAGUGUUUGGGGCAGAAUCUGAGUUUACCUCUUGUUUUGGGCUGGGGACGGGUCCAGGAUCCAGGCUGGGAUCAGGUUUGGGUUCAGGUUCUGGUUGGGGCUGGGCUACAAGGCAGCUGUAAGGCUCUCCCAUGACCCCUGCCCCUGUCAGAUGCCCUCUCUGCCCAGAAGCCCUGGCUCUCAUCCACUGCAGCUGAGAAGGCUGUUCCCAGAAGGGGUGGGUCAGGGGGCCCCUGCUCCACCCUCUUAGAACAUUGAAUAGCAUUCUCCCAUUAAAGAGCCUUUGAAAAUA